AUGGCCCGGGCCCUGCGCGGCUUCGGGCCGCCGGGGGGGAAGAGGAGGGGCCGCCCGGGGACUCUCAGCGGAGCCUCCCGGCAGCCCGGAGAGCGGCUCCUGCGGCCCAGCCCCCCGCCCCGGCGUGCUGGCCCCGACACUCACCCAAGGGGCUGGCACGAUGGCGGCAGCGGCGGCGGCGGCGGCAACCCAGCGCGGUCUGCGACCGACUGUCCCUUCCCCCCUGCCUUCCCUCGCCCGCCCCGCUGCACUCUGGGAGACGCAGUCCCACCGCCCCCCCUUUCCGGCAUGAGCGCGCCGAAAGAAAACUACAAUUCCCAAUGUGCUAUGCGCGGAGGCCCAGACACCGCCCGCAGCGCAGGAGGUCUGUCAACACUACAUUUUCCCUGACAAGAUGCUUAUUACUCAGCUAGUAACAACUCUGCAUUGCCUCGCUUGUACAUCUGCAUCUGGAAUCCCCCAUGCUCUGUGAACUGUCUUCUCCCUAAGAAGCCAAAACACUGCCCAUAACCUCCAGAAACCAGGAAGGGUCCAGGGAGUACUGCUGAGAGGCUCAAGAGAGCCAAUGGAGAAAGACCAGAAGUCCCUUCAACAAACAGGAGUUCAAGGAUACACUGAAGAGCAUGGCUGGAGCCUGGAAAAGGCCUCAGUCCAUGGAAGGAACCAGGAAGAUGUGAGAGUGGCCCAAUAGGGGCAACAAAGGGCACUGCUGUGCUUCCAGCACCUGAUUAGCAGCCAGAGCUAACCCUAGGAAGGCAGAGAUCCAGUCCAUUCCCCAACAAGGCACCCAUACAACCUAUGUUUCACCCCUUCUUCCCACCAGACUUGUUUCCCAACUCAGUGCUAAGGGACUAGAAGGAAAACAGAGACUUGAGUUUUAGGAACAUCCCAGCACAUCCCCACAGGCAAGUCCAUCCCCAGGCAGAUGGCUUUGUCCUAAGUAACGAAGAGAAGGGAGUCCUACUUUAUGGGGUCAAAAGUCUCCAUUUGUGCUCUUCUACCCACAGUUAAAGGCAUUCACUUUUAGACAUUGGCUUUGAGCUGAGUUACUUGGAGCUAUAGGCAAAAAAAUGUCAUCUUGCCCCUUCAAUAUACAAUCUAAAAGAAAAUGAGUCAAGGGAUCACACCUCCAAACUCCUUAAUGCCAUCUGUGGAUACAGAUCUGUCACACUGAAGAUGUACCAAGGCCAAGGUAUCUAUACAAGAUUCCUUGUGCCUGAAGCAGCCCUGGCUAGCUCCAGCUGUGGUCUCACUGGUUCAGAGAGUAACUGCAUGCACAUGCGUACCAAAGGCUGUGCUAAACCUAAGGGAUGUUACCGUGAGCAAAAUUCAAUCCCAGCUGAGAAUUCAAAACCCUCAGAGGUGAACAGUCACAAUACAGCUUAGUUACCAGUUGCUCCAUCUUGUUGAAAGGACACAGGGAGAAUAACCCAUGGACAAACUGGGCCCAUUUGGUGCAGUUUCCAAACACUUUAGGGUGAGCUGAGCCAGGAACUCUUGAGGACUUUAUAAGGCCAGGAUCCAUGUGCUUAGGGCCCAUUUUUGGAGAAAUCUGGUCACUGAAGCAUCUCUACUUUCAGGAUCAGCCUGGUCUUUCAAAUAGGCUGAGGCCUAUUUCUCCAUGUUUCAAGGACAUUUAGCUAUGUUUUUG